GGCCCCAUCGCCCGGCGGGAUGGGCGGCGAGGCGGGGUCCGCGGCGGCCGUGGGCUCCGAGGGCCGCGUGAAGAGCUUGGGUCUGGUGUUCGAGGAUGAGCGCAAGGGCUGCUACUCGAGCGGCGAGACGGUGGCGGGACACGUGCUGCUGGAGGCGGCCGAGCCGGUGGCCCUGCGCGCGCUGCGCCUGGAGGCCCACGGCCGAGCGACUGCCGCCUGGGGCCCGAGCCCUGGCGCCGCAUCCCCGGCCGCCGCCUCGGAGGUGGAGUACUUGAACGUGCGCCUGAGCCUGCGCGAGCCCCCGGCCGGAAAUAGUAUGUGCAAUUUUGACUUUUCCUACUUUGGAGAAGUAGACUGUUCGCAGUUAAAUCCUCAAGGUGAAGGCAUCCUCUUACUACAGCCUGGAAAACAUGAAUUUCCAUUUAGCUUUCAACUUCCAUCUGAACCUUUAGUAACCUCAUUCACGGGGAAAUACGGAAGUAUUCAGUACUGUGUGAGGGCAGUUUUGGAACGACCCAAGGUACCUGACCAGAGUGUGAAGCGGGAGCUCCAGGUUGUUAGUCACAUCGAUGUCAACGCACCAGCGUUACUAACCCCUGUAUUGAAAACUCAAGAGAAAAUGGUUGGCUGUUGGUUUUUCACGUCUGGUCCUGUCUCACUGAGUGCCAAAAUUGAAAGAAAAGGAUACUGUAAUGGAGAAGCCAUUCCAAUCUACGCAGAGAUAGAGAAUUGUUCCUCUCGGCUGAUUGUUCCCAAAGCUGCUAUUUUCCAAACCCAGACGUAUUUGGCAAGUGGGAGAACAAAGUCCGUCCGGCACAUGGUUGCCAACGUGCGAGGAAACCACAUCGCUUCUGGGGGCACCGACACGUGGAAUGGGAAGACUCUGAAGAUCCCACCUGUUACUCCGUCCAUCCUGGAUUGCUGCAUUAUCCGAGUAGACUAUUCCUUAGCUGUGUAUAUUCACAUUCCUGGUGCUAAAAAAUUGAUGCUCGAGCUGCCGUUAGUGAUUGGCACAAUUCCAUACCACGGUUUUGGCAGCAGAAACUCUAGCAUCGCCAGCCAGUUCAGCGUGGACAUGAGCUGGCUGACGUUGACUCUGCCGGAGCAACCUGAAGCGCCACCAAAUUAUGCAGAUGUGGUGUCCGAGGAGGAAUUCUCUCGACAUGUGCCUCCUUACCCCCAGCCCCCUAACUGUGAGGGAGAAGCUUGCUGUCCCAUGUUCGCCUGCAUACAGGAAUUCCGGUUUCAGCCUCCGCCUCUUUAUUCAGAGGUUGACCCACAUCCUCCUGAUGUCGAGGAGACCCAGCCUGUUUCCUUCAUUCUCUGAGCAAAUGUCAGAAAUCACUGUGUUCAUCAUUAGAUUCCAGUAUCCGUUCCUUCCCCGACCUUGCCUUUCUGGAAAAGAGGGAGAGAAGAGGAGUGCGAGGACAGAAACGAACAUCCAGAUCGAAGGUCAUAGAAAUUAAAGAAUAUGUGAACUUCCCAGUGGGCCAACAGGAUUCUUGCACGAGCGGAUGAUAGGGUUGUGUGUCCCCUUUAACUCAGCGAAGCAGAUGUGAAAAGUCAACGUGACAAGAACGUCCCGGAAGCCGAAAGUGACCGAGUAAGUGAAGGGUGCCUGCGCUCAAGAGAAGAGACUGUGCGGAGAGUGGAAACGCUACGCAAGCGUCACUUUCAAAAGGUUUCUCCAAGUGGAACAGAAGUUACCCCAAGCUUUAAGGAAGUAUAGACUCAUUGGGAGCCUUGAUUUUGAAGGAGGUAGCAGCAUAAUAGGAAAGGCCUGCUCUAAAGAUGCACUGUGACGCUGACAUCCAGGGGCUUCGUGGUUUCUUACAGUGUCCCAUAGGACCAAAGUCCCUGGGAGAACCUUUUGAUGAGGUCCUAAUGUGGUGACACUUUAUAAAUCAGCUCUACAGUAUUAUGAAAUCAAGAAAAGGGUUCCUUGCAAGGCAUGUCAGUUCAGAGGGGAAAGAUGAAUUUUAGCAUGAGAACACGUUUUGUCAAAGGCUAGAUUUUUACCCCCUUUAAGUACUUUGGUAGGAUAUGUGUUUGAUUUUCUCCAUGUCUUAUUCACCUAGGAUCACAGUAGAAAAAAAAAAGGAAAAAAAAAAAGGUUAUGUCCUCAGACUGCCUUGAUAACUACACAGGAAAAAAAGUAAAAAAAAAAAAAAAAAAAAAAAAACCAAAAAAAACCCCAAAAGCCUUUCUUAACCUACCUCUAGUGGGGUUAUCAGAAUCUUUUGAAAACUCUAGGCCUGACGGGCCUUGUUUGGAGUUUUCGCUAAUUGGCAGUGGCAGUCCUCUUCUGAAUCACUGAAUCUGCAGGUGGACCAAGGGAAAGAUCCAUACGGAAGUUAAUAUAUGUCUGCCAAAGGUAUUUAAAAA